GCGUGGAAAAAGUGCCGCAUGACGAAGUUGGUGCAUCUUCUUCCUGCACCGCCCUCUACGCCCUACAGAGUCUACGUACCCCCAAAGUCUUGACAUUCGCUCAUUCACUUCUCCUGCUGCCUGUAUAUUUCAUGGUUAUCUUCUCUACCAGAUCAGAAACGUUUUUACAACCUGUCUCAACAUUGAACCCUUCCGCGCAGUCUUACCCCGGAUUCAAGUCCCCUCGACCCCCACUGCUCAUUGAGCCCGUCAGCUUCCGAGUUAAGACUUGAUCAAUUCCGCACAAUACGAACCACUUCUGCCUGCGCAGGCUCAUAUUGGGAGCAUAACGUUGGAUUGAGAAGGAGGUCAGAGGCUCUCGAAAUCAUAAAACAAGAUGCCUUUCGGUAUCAAUAAUCCGUUGCCGGCGUCCAUGAGAAGCGAGUGCAAGAAAGCAGGCAAGAUUCUAGCAUCCUUCGUCGACCCUAGACAAAGCUUCGGCCCAGACAAAGUCAUCCCUCCUCAGAUCCUGGCAAACGCAAAGGGUCUCGCAGUCAUCACAGUCUUCAAAGCUGGGUUCCUUGGUUCUGGUCGAUUGGGCUCCGGUAUUGUUGUCGCACGAUUAGCAGACGGCUCGUGGUCAGCUCCCUCGGCCAUUGCCACCGCUGGUGGUGGGUUCGGGGGUCAGAUCGGUUUCGAGCUGACAGAUUUUGUCUUCAUCCUCAACGAUGCCGCCGCCGUUCGAACCUUUGCACAAGCCGCGUCGGUCACGCUCGGCGGGAACGUCAGUAUCGCAGCUGGCCCGGUUGGUCGAAACGCGGAAGCAGCAGGUGCGGCCAGCUUGAAGGGAGUGGCCGGUGUCUUCUCCUACAGCAAGACAAAAGGACUGUUUGCAGGCGUCAGUCUGGAGGGGAGUGUGCUGAUCGAAAGAAGAGAUGCCAAUGAGAAGAUGUACGGCGGUCGGAUCACCGCGAGACAACUACUUGAAGGCGCCAUCAGACCUCCACCAUCCGCCGACCCGUUAAUGCGAGUCCUAAACACGCGAGUCUUCUCGGGCGCUGCAUACCAGGAAGGAAUGUAUAAUGACAUGCCCAUCUACGACGAUCAACACGAUGAUGUGGUCUGGGAAGGGAGAAGAGGAGAAGCUUAUGGAGCUAACGUCCGCAACAACCGAUCAUCAACUAUUGGAUCUCGAGAUGGCGACAACUACGAAUACCGCGAUAACCCUCGUCGAGCAAACACCUGGGCGGAUGAUGUGUACGAUAGGAUGCCAGGACGAAACAACGAUGGUUUUAAUGGCGUAGGAAACAGAAGCCGCUCGAGCACAUUGAACAACGAGUACUCGUAUUCUGACAACAAGCCAACCAGGCCUACCGCACCAAAACCAGUCUUCCGACAACGAACGGGAUCACUUGGUCCCAACCAAGCAAUCGCCUUGUUCACGUUCGACGCGGAUCAAGAGGGGGAUCUAAGCUUCAAGAAAGGCGACGUCAUUACUAUCACGAAACGAACAGAAAACAAGACAGACUGGUGGACCGGCCGGACAGAAGAUGGCCGGACAGGUAUUUUCCCUUCGAAUUAUGUCGAGACGGCUUCAAUUUCGUGAAAGGAAUAGCCGGCAGACGGACAUUUCUUGUGAUGAAGUAACCUUUAUACCCAUCUUCGUUUCUGUUUGAUUGGCCCAUCUAGCGUCGGAGUCUUUCAAGCUUUCAAAAAUGGGCUCAUGAUCUGGCGGCUUGGGUUACUUUCAUGGACAUGCACAAAAAAUACGAGAUACAUUGAAGGAUAUACAUUUGCAUCUUCAGCCUGGCUGCAGCGCCUGUUCCAUCAAGCCGCAUGCUUUUUCUGUCUUCCUCAAUCCCGUUCAGCUGACCGGCACCAGCGGUUGAUCCGUUCCAGGCAUUCUCUACUCGUACUCGCUGUCAUACUCAGAAGCAACCGACCACACCUCGACAUCGCGUCAGGGAGAGUCUCGCAUAUCCUGCCGGGAUACAUUCCGACCUCUGGAAUUCCAGUAUUCCGGACAGAGUUCUUCGCACGCCGCUUCGGCACGGAUAUCGAGAGAUGGCGUGGUACCGGGGUUGGUAUUGAUGAGCAGCCUGGCCGAUGUGGAUGAAACAGGCUUACACGACGUGGACGGACUCGAACGUCUGGUCUCACUCUCGUCAUGGGUGUUAAGAGCCCACUUUAGGUCUCAUUGUCUAUGGAAAGCUAGAGUCGAACUGAUGGCUAGGGAGGCCAUUUCUAGCACCAUUUCCAGUGGCAGACCUCUGACCUCUCCCGCGUCUGAUACCAUGGAACUUACCUUACCUUUGUUCUCCGUGAUACCAUCCUGUUGCGGAGCAUUUCAACUUUCUCAUUACCACCCGCUAAUGCGGUUUAGAGUGUCUUGCGAUAACGGCCUCGUUAAGUACUAACGUCCACAUUCAAGGUUGUUGUGGAGCAGUAUCUGCACCACCUUCAAUAAGCAUGAUUUGACGCGGCUUAGAGUGUAU